UGAUAAGGAUGUCAGCAGGCCAGUUGGUCUGAUCAGCUAAGGAGCAGGCGACAGGCGACACUGCUGAAUCUUUAGGCUUACAAAAGGGAACCAGACCAGAGGAAGGGCACAGUCAGGUGGCGGUGUACGUACCGUAUCAGAAGACUGCAUUGGGAUUGGAAUCCAGCGGGACCAAACCCAAACCUGAUCUGGAGGAUCGUGUACUAUACUCUCUCCAUCUUCUCCUGCCAAGAGCAGAUAACAUGAAGCUGUUGCUGAUCAUUUCGCUGUUCUUCGGCGCUCUUAUUGGCGCCCAUGCCGAGGUGUCUAAUAACUUUGACAACUGCAAGAAUUAUUUUUAUAAGCAGCAAAUCCCCCGUGGGUUUGAAGGCAUUGCUAAGGCAGAUCUAUUUGAUCGUAAUGAUUUACCAGAUGGGAUCAUUGUAAAUGACCUGGGUUCUCCAGCCUAUAUCUGCCAAACAUUUGACAGUACAUCUUGGUUCGCCACCUUAUAUGACAGAGGAAGACUUAUGCCCCUGUACUCGGCCUACAUCCUGGAGUCUGGCAAAUCUUCAGAAAUAUGCAAACGACAUGAUGCUUUCAGUUUAGAGCCUCAGUUGGUUUAUCGAGGCGUGGAUAAAAACAUGAAGUUUAUUGACGAAGCAAAAAGACAACUGAAGGCAUAUAACAAAGAACACAACAUUGAGGAACAAAAGCCAAAAAACAGGCCCAUAUUUCUCCUACAAACAAGUCAGGCUAUUGAUGAGGACUAUACAAAAGUCAGGGAGGUGGGAUAUGGUAGAGGGCAUAUAAAUCCAUGUGGGCACCAAACUGCCCACAAGGAAGGGUAUAAAGCGACUUUUACCCUGACUAAUGUAGUACCGAUAGUAAAUGAGUUAAAUAAUAAUUAUUGGAGUAAGUAUGAAAAAGAGAUGAUUAAUAUGGCAGAACAAUGUACACGCAUGUAUGUAAUAACCGGAAUUGUGCCCGGAAAUGUACCAAUCGGGGAGUCACGAUUAACCUCUCCGACUCAUGUGUGGAACGCCUACUGCUGUGUAGAUAACAAUGACAAACCAAUGAAGUCUGGAGCUGCACUUGCUGACAACAAGAACGAUAGUAAAGUGGAGCCAUAUAACAUACUUGAUUUUCAGUCUAAAUUGCAAAGUCUUCUUAACGUUAACAUUGAGUUAUUCAAGGAUGGUUGUAUGAAAUAAUGUGCUGUAUGUCCAACCAAUUUUGUGA